AUGGAGGAUGGUCGGCUCAUAGUUGACCUCGAACUUACCCUUGAUAUAGUUGAACUCCCGCAGGUUCUGGUAGACGUUGUACGCUGGGUCCCCCUGCUCGUCCGUGCCGGCCUUGACGUGGUGGAGAGCGGUGAUGGGCGGGAGCGCGACGUGGGCGCCGGUGACGGGGUUGAUGAGGUGCAGGUCGGAGGCCUCGUCGGCGGUGACCAGCCAGCCGUGGCCGGAGCCGAGAAAGGGCCGGUGGGUCAGCGGCACCAGGGGGAAGGGGAUCUGAAGCGUGGCGCCGGUGGCCGGGCAGUGGAGCGCGGUGGCGCCGGGGGCGAGGGCGUCGCUGGCGUAGAGAUGGCACGGGGGCUGCCUCGACGACGAGGCGUCCAACCCCAGGCGCUCAACCCGCUCACCGGCGCCCAGGUGGACCUCCCGCUGGUCACGGGGCUCCACCACGUCGAGCCCUGCCCCGACGGCCGCCAUGGCCGCCCCGCCUACAACCUAUACGAGAAAGAGCUCGGCCCCGACACUCCCAGCGUGUGCACGGCCUGGGAGCUCCGCGUCUUCAUCUACCACCGGGUGUUCCUCUCCUGCAGCCCUUCCGCCGGCGCCGGCUGCGUCGUCCUGCUCAUGCACAAGCAGCGCGGGGAGAUGUCCUACGCCCGCAUCGGCGACGGCCGGUGGGCUCUGAUCACAGCCAACGAGACCGUCCCGUCGGGUGGUGGCUACGGGUGCGCGGCGUACAACGACAACGACGGCAUGUGGUGGGGAGAUCUUCCCCCCCGAAAAAAAAAGGCUGGUAAUCAGAAGCUUGUUGAGAUCAGCAGCUCGGAUUUGCAUGGGCACGCUCUAUUUCUUGGUUUCAAUAACCCGAUAUUUGUUUCAACAAAGGAUUUUCCAGGGCUUAGACCCAACUGUGCGUAUCUUACGGAUGAUGAUUGGGAACAGCUAUGUAUUAAUAUGUAUGGUUGCCGGGAUGUAGGCAUCUGGAACUUGGAGACUGAGAAAUUUGAGAGCCUUAUUGGAGAUGUGCAGUCUGUCCAUCCUUGGCUAAAUUGGCCAUCUCCAAUUUGUUGGAUAACAACCUCCCUGUCUUAG